UGUAAAACCAUUUUUCAAGUGCUCAUCAUUGCUCACCAUUUAUAUUUAACCUACAGAAGGCCGACCAAUUCCAAUCUCCAAGUGCUAUUUUGUGCUGUUGUGCAUUCCCUGAAAGAUGUGCCCCUGAAUAAAAAAAUGGAGGGCCCCCGAACACCAAUGGACAAUCUUCUGAACGUGUUGUCAGGCUUCUCAGUGGGUCAUGAGAAAGCCCUGAAGCAAGGAAUCUACAAUGCAGUGGCCCUUUUGGUGCUAUUCCUCACCUGUGCUGCAACCUACGGUCUCUAUCUCAUUCUCCACCCAUUCGUGAAGCCCUUGAUCUGGGCCCUUCUCUGUGGAAGUGUCCUAUUCCCCUUCAAGCUGUACAUAACCACAUCAGUUCAGUCCUGGUUCACAGAGACAGAGAAUUCUCACGAGCCCUUGCUGGUAGACCUUGCAAUGCUCCCCAUCAGGAUAACCGACAGAAUCUCCAAUACAAUUGGAAAUUUUCUGCACCAACGUCUGAACUACGUGGGUGUUCUCCUGGGAAUAAUCUCUGGAAUAAUAAUGAUCUACUGGUACACCCCUGGAAUCCUCCUGUGUCUGAUCUGGAGGCUGAUGCAGCUGGUGAUGGGCCUGACCUCGACGUUCAUCACCACCUGCAACAUCUACAUAAUCUCGAGUCUGAUCCUGGGGUAUCUCUCAGCGGUGUACGUGUACUGGACCCCGAGGAAUGCCCAGCAAUUCAAUUACUUCUCGAUUAUUCUCUGGUUAAUUCUCAGUCUCUACAUCUCAAACAUUCUGGGUGUCUACGAGGUCCCCGUCUUCAUUGCCCUGCAGACCCUCUUCAUCGUGGGCUUCACGUACGAAGUUAUCCUGAUCAUGGAAACGAAGGAUGCCCAGGACAAGCCCCUGACAUUUGCAGAGGCAGUGCAAGUAGCCCUGGCAGGUGAAGAAGCCCCCCAGGAGGUGAAAUCCUCCGAGGAACGUGACGAGGGAACUGACACAUUCCCUGAAUCAACGUCUACCCCAAAACUCACCCCAGAGCAGAUCAAGGAGCCCUCACCACGACCUCAGAGGCUCUCGGCGAAAUCGCUCUCCCUCGAUGCUGAUUCUGAUAAAUUUAGAACAACAAGAUUAUCAGGACGAUCCUCGAGCUUUCCCAAUGCCCGAGUCACUGUUCGAGAGAGGUAUUUCUUGAGAAAACUCAGGACUGAACUCAGGAUGUCUCUGGACGCUCCUGAGGACGAGGUUGACACUGAUAAAUACAUGUACGGGGCGAUAUACGCCUGCGGGGGAAUGCUCCUGUGGAAGCACAAGUGGAUCCUGGGGAUUCUCACUCUUCCCAUUGUCUGGUACUUCCUGAAGCUCCUGGGAAGUAGAUCGGGCUUCUGGAGGUACCUCCAAGGUCAGAUGAAGAGGCUCGUAGAGUUCAUCAAGGCCUGGUCCAGUCAGCGACAGCAGGCACUCGUUCCUGCACACGUCAGAGGACUCUACAGAGUUUAUCUGAUCGUUGAUAAAGGCCUCAGGGACAUUCUCAAAGGAUCUGUCGAUGCUGUUGCAACGAUUGCUGUUAUCUUCGCACUCAUUGUCUUCACGUUCUCUGCAACGAUUUUUAUCACUGUCCAGAUUUAUGGAGAGGGACUGCAUCUCAUUCAAGUCACUGGAGAGAUUCUCAAUUCAUCCCUGGUGAAUAAUCCGGAUAUUGACUGGGUUCCGGAGCAGUGGGAGGAGUCUGUUAAUUCUGUCCUGGAUAAUGCUUACACUUAUGGCAGAUCUGCCAUUUCCGAUGGGAUCAAGGGCCUCGUCAAGGAUCUGGAGCCAACGAAGGCUGAGGCCCUGGAGAAAAAAGUUCUCGAGCUGUGGGACAGGCUUUAUCAGGCCUGGAUGAUGUCGAACGAAGAUCCUGGGAUGAUUGGACCCACUGUCGAUGUCGAAGCUGCUUUGACUGCCUGGGAGAGCAUCAAGGAGAGCUUUGGAAAAAUACCCACCCAGAUCUUUAACAUGACGGGCAUUCAGAAUUUUGCGAAGGAGAAUGUCGGAAUUCUCAUGCAGGUCCUCGACUCAGUCUGGGGAAUUGUCAAAGGGAACAUGUCGGUUCUCGUCAGUGUUCUCACUGAACUCAUGUAUAUCGUCUUCAUGAGCGGAUCUGCUCUUCUCAAUUUUACACUCAGUACUGUCGUCUUUUUUACGACUUUGUUCUAUCUGCUAUCCAGUAGUGGCAAGACUUAUAAACCCAUUGAACUCAUUGCAGUAUUCAGUCCGAUCAGCUGCUACAGCAAGGAUUUUUUGGGAGGAUUCGCUAUUGCCCUUCAGGAGGCUGUAAUCGCAGUUUUCGCAGCGACUUUCAAACUCGCUUCAUUCUUCGGCAUGUGGACUUGGUUCAUCCACAAUCUUUUCCAAGUGAAGAUAGUCUAUCUUCCCUCAGUAUUCGCCACUGUUCUAGCAGCAGUGCCUUUUCUCGAUGCUUACUUCGCCUGUUUACCUGCUACCCUCGAACUCUGGUUCACUCGAGGUCCCAUGAUCGCUGUUAUCUUUUUUGUAUUUCACUUUUUGCCUUGCAACAUCGUCAUCACAGACUUCUACAAAGAAAUCAAAGGGGGUGGACAUCCGUACUUGACAGGAUUAUCAAUCGCUGGUGGGAUUUUUUGUUUGGGAGUCGAGGGAGCGAUUUUUGGGCCACUCCUGCUGUGUUGUAUCAUGGUGGCGAUAAAUCUCAGUCGAAAGUACAUGCAAUCGGUCUCUGAGGAGACCUUACACUCCCUGAAGACGCAGAUUGAUCAGCUGGAGGCUGAGCCACCAGUUUCUCCCUGAAUUCAAGCGAAUUUAGAGAAUUCAUGCCGUCCUGAUGCUCUCGUGCUUCCGUGCGCUGUGUACAGUAAUAAUUUAUAGUGAUAAAGCAAUUUAUCGAACUGUUUCGACUCUUGAAACUAGUCAAUUGUAAGUUAAUCCAGAUGUUU